AUAUUUACUUGACGAUUACCCAACUCUCGCACCAACCUGCGCGCCUCUCACAGUGAUCACAUUCUAAUAGCGCGAUCCGCUGUUGGGAUCAUUCGCGCGACUUCUCAGAGUAUUUUUUAGUUGUGCCUCGGCCGCAUUCCCAAACACAUCGCGUGCCCCUCUUGCUUACACAACCGAUCGCGCGGAAUUGAUUUUCUUCAAUUCAACUGUGUGUGACCCAAAAAACCUCGUUGAUCUCAACUCUGUGCAGAAAUUGCUAAUGCAAAAUGCAUACAUUUGCCAAUGGAUAUAGUUCUGGUGAUGCGAAUGAAAGUCAAUCAGAAGCCCACCAGUACCUCAAUCGACUUCUAAACGAUGGUGCAAAAAAAGAAGUAGAUGUUGAUGUGGAUUCAUACGAAAUUAAAUUACCCUCCUUCUACGACAAAGUCAAAUUUGAGAGGGCGAGGAAAUUCUAUUUUGACAACAUCUAUGGCUUCUUUAUCUCCAAUUUAACUGGCUUGAUAUGUAUUUUGGCCAUUCAGACCAUCCUCAAUGUGCUAAUAUGCACAAAACAGUCAUCUACACCAAAAACUGCAUAUAGACGUUACUUGGCCACCAUACUGCAUAAUGUUAACUUCUAUUCGGCAAAUCCAGAUGUGAAUUCCAAAUGCUACAGAUCAAUUGUGGCUGUGAGAAAGAAGCAUAUAAGAGCUUCGAAAUAUGCUCAAAAGCACGGUAUGGGGAUGGUUACGCAAAAAGAUAUGGCCCUAACACAAUUUGGUUUUCUAGGAUUUGUUCUUGUACAGCCAAAGAUGAUGGGAAUUCGGGAGGAUGGAGAGAAUUUUGAGGCUCUCGUGCAUUUUUGGCGAGUCAUUGGCUAUAUGUUGGGCAUAGAAAAUGAAUACAACGUUUGUACAGACUCUCUGAGCACAACACUACCUAGACUACGGCUUAUAGUUGCAGAUGUAAUAGCACCUUGCCUUAAGAAUCAUCCACAGAAAUUUCAUGAGAUGGUUCAGCCCAUGAUCUCAGGUCUAUGGUGCUUUAAUCCCUUCCUAACUACUCCGGCCUUUACAUACCUCACCUAUCGUGCUGCUGGAGUACCCGGAUACUACUACGGCAAAGAAGAGCAAUCAUUGGAGAUUCAGCGCUACAAAAAUUCUCCGGAAAAUUGUUUGGAAUAUCCGGAAAAUGAUGGAUAUAGUCCAACGUACAAGGAAAUGUCCUGGUGGAGUCGCUUUGUUGUAGGAUUCGUAAUUUACAUCCUCGAAACACUCAUCUAUGGAAGUAUUAUUUUUCGAUGGAUUUUCAACAAUAACAUCAACACAUCCCUUUUCAUUAUCAAAUGGUUUCCCUUCUUGGCUAUCCCUAGAUUUGGUUUUCAAGCAUCAUACGUGCGAAUUCUCACUAGAGAUGAUGAUUGAAAGGAUAGAAUGUUGCUUUUUCUAUAAGAAUUGCAUUUUAAAAGAAAAAUUAUACCCGAUUCUAAAGAGUUUGUUACUCAUUAAGUAUUUUUCAUUGAGCACUAAAACCAGCCGAAAAAUAUUUAAUUCAUUUUACAAUGCUUUUUUUCUUAAUUAUUAGGUCCGGUGUACUAAUAGAAUCUUGCCUAAAACUUGCAUCAUAUGCCAGUUUUUUUUGUUUAGUUUUAUAAAUUAUUGUCUAUUUGAAUAAAAUGUGCAGUAAGAUUAAACUCCUAACAUUGGAGAUUAUAUUUUCGUAGCUCUUACGGUUCAUUUUUGGGUAUUUCUAGACACCUAAAAGGUUUAGAAAACAUGCUGCAAAAUAAUUCAAGUAGAUUAUGGAUCAGAAUAAAACAUAAGGUUGGCUCUUGAACUAUCAACAAACUCUUUAAAUAUCGUAGCCUUUUUUAUGAAAACUCAUUGAUUUUUUUUUAACUAAUAUGUUAUUAGGUACUCAUUCCAAAUUGGGAAUCUUGUGAUAUUGGAUACUCUUUAAUGGAAUAUUUAAUUUUGUUAUUCUGUUUAAAAAAAAUGAAAAGUAUCUUUUAAAAGAAAGAUAACGAUAUUUUAUUAGGAUGCCGAAAUAGUUUUUUUUUUAUUUUAUGAAAUAAUGUAAAAUUGUAUUACCUUUAGUUUUGGAGUUUUAGAUGCUUGAUGUUUAUUUUUGUUGACACGAAUAAUGAACAAUAUCUCCAUUUGGGUAACGAAUAAAUGCACUUUGAUUGCCGAA